CUUAAUUACAGAACUAGUCAAACUGCAAUUCGGUUUCAUCCUGGCAAAAGAAAUAGAGCAACUUAGUCCAUCAGUGGUUGGUUUGCAGACGGGUGCUGAGACUGGACGCACGCGGCGGCGGCUUUGUUGAGGAGCGGCUUCGUUGGGGCAGCCUGCUUUUAGGCACGGCCCGCUGGGGCCGUGCCGCGCUUUGAGUAGCCAUGAACCAAUAUCACAUUUAUGAAAAGAUCGGCCAUGGGAAGCACUCCACGGUUUAUAAAGGCCGCAAGAAGAAGACUAUCAGCUAUUAUGCCAUCAAAUCAGUUGACAAAACUCAGAAGGCCCGGGUGCUGCAGGAGGUGCGAACCAUGCACGCGCUGGACCACAAAAAUAUCCUCAAGUUCUACGCCUGGUAUGAGACCACGAAUCACCUGUGGCUCAUCUUGGAGUUCUGUGUUGGCGGCGACCUUAUGUCCCUGCUACGCCAGGACGUCCGCCUGCCGGAAAGCUCAGUACACGACUUCGCGCGUGACCUCGUUACGGCAUUGCAGUACCUCCACAGCAAGGAGAUCAUUUACUGUGACCUGAAACCCUCGAAUAUUCUGCUGGAUGAGAAUGGGCGGAUGAAACUGGGCGGGUUUGGGCUGUCGCGACGCCUGGCUGACAUCAACAAAAAGCCCCUGCAGGCGCUGCCACAGGCCAUGCGUGGCACGCCAUGUUACAUGGCGCCAGAGCUCUUCUCCGAUGGGGCAACGCAUUCCACGGCCUCGGACCUAUGGGCUGUUGGCUGCGUGCUGUACGAGUGCUCGAUGGGGCGUCCGCCCUUCCUGAACUCCUCCUUCAACCAACUGGUGCACGAAAUCCUUAAUAACGAGCCCCAGCCAAUUCCUGGGGCGAGCGAAGCGUAUCACGACAUGAUAACACGUCUCCUUGAUAAGAACCCGGCGACGCGUAUUAAAUGGAAAGAACUGUGCGCGCAUCGCUUCUGGCAAGUGCGCCUACCCCACCUUGAGUUGCCUCUGGAGCCUGCGCUUGAUGCCUUCAUUGCGCGGUACGGUCUUGCGCCGACAGUGGAGGAGAUGCGACUCUCGACACGGGAUGGCUUGAAGCUGGAUAAGGGUCGCACCAUGCGGCAGAGCGUGGAUAUUACGCGCCUGUCCCGCAUAGCCUUGCACAACUUGGAGAGGGAAGGCGAUGGUGCGGAUUACAGCAGCGCAGUAGCAGGCGCAGCCGCGGCGGAGGCGCAGCAGGGAGAUAUCCGGAUCGACUCAGCGGAUGCGGAGCUCGAUUUCGAGGAAACCAGAGAGGAGGCGGUAGACGAGGAGAGCCCGGUUUGUCCGGCGCCCGGCGACGAUGGCCUGGUUAUCGACCAGGGCGCAGCCGCCGCUGCCGCUGCUCACCAGAGCAGCCACGCCGGUCUAGGUGCACAGGCGCCGGCGCGACGUGGUGCAGUGGGCCCGUCAGAAAGCAUUAGCGGCGGCAUUACAGGCGUGAGCACUGCAGGGAGGGUACAGGGGCGUGGCGGGGAUGACCUCCGACGGUCAGCAGCUCUUGGCGGUGGUCGUGCUGGCGACACAGCCGCGGAUUUGGACGACGGAAAGGGUGCAGCGGCCUCCUCGUCGGGCGCGGGCAUGGACGAUGACUUGUUGGUGGAAACCGGGUCGCUGAUCACGGAUCGGGAUGCAGCAUCAUUGGAGGACCUAAUCUGGCAUGCCUCAGACACGGCUGUUAAGCCUAUCGUGGCAAACCGCCGAAUAGAACGCUUACCCGAGCCGCGCUAUGAGGCGGCAAGCCUGCCAUUCAAACCUUGGAGCCUGGCAGAAAUGCUCAGCGCCAACCAGGCAGAUCUGGAGGGCUUCUUGACCCAUAUCUACAGAGCUAUUGCCAGCGCUGCGCCUCUGAAGGAUAAAGUGAACGUGCUGAGCUACUUCGAGACGCUAUGUGUGGACACGAACGCUGCCAACGUCCUCAUCAAUAGCUCGCUGACCAUCCUCUUUAUCCGUAUGUUGCGUAACGCCCGUGCGCCGAUGCUACGCAUUCGACUGGCGAGCGUCCUGGGCCUUCUGGUCCGGCACGCUACAUAUAUUUCAGAGGAGCUUGCACACACGGGGGUUGUCGAAGUCCUCGGUGAAGCAUUGAAGGAUAAGAACGAGCGCGUCCGGCGACGCGUGAUUGCGACGCUGGGUGAGCUGCUUUUCUACAUCGCCACUCAGCAACAGGAUAACGCAGCGGCAGCAGCGGGAACCGGCGGCGCAGCGCCGGCCGACCCGGCGGGUGUUUGGGGCAUCAGCCCGAACACUUACGCACAGGUCAUACGCCUGUUGAGAGACAAGGACGACGAGGUCGCCGCGCACUACGCUGUCAAGACUGUGGAGAACAUUUGCAGCCAGGGCGGCGAGUGGGCGGCGCGGUUUGCGACGCAGGACGUUGUGCUGAGUCUAGUGCAGCUGAUAAACAAUACGGGGAAAGGGGAGCAGCUACGGGCGACGGCGGCAUCCACCCUGGCGCGGCUGCUGAGGCACAGCCCAACUCUGCUGGCGCACACUGUGGACAAGUACGGCAUCCGUCUCUUCGUGGGGUGCCUGCUGGAGGGCACGGUGUCCGCGUCCGCCUCCGCCGGCGGCGGAACUGGCGGCGGGAAUGCUGGUGGCGCGGGUGGUGCCAGCAGCAAGGUGCAGACCGCGGCGCUCAACCUGCUGAACCUGACGCUGGCACAGCCGGACCUGUCCACGCGGGCCCGUGCCUCCUUGGCAGAGGAGCGCGGCUUGCUACCCGGGCUCAUCGCGCUCAUGGACCACUCGCUGCCUCUGAUCCGUGCAAAGGCGGUUGUGACAGUCAUGCUCCUUAGCAGGCUAUCUCCUCGAUGGCUCCUGGAGGCCUGCAAAGCCAAGCUGACGACGACGGUAGAGCGGCUCGUCCGCGACAAGGACGAGUACCUUACCCGAGCACUGACGGCGUUGCGUGCCGAGGCAGCGCGACUGGUGCCCGCUAUCGCAACAUCUAUCUCUGACGAGUUGCGCAGCAGCAGCACCGCUGGCGGCAGUCGCCGCAACCCGAUGGGUGGUCUGGUGGGCGCCGGCGGCUCGGGCUCGCGGCCGCAGCCCUCCAAGUCGGUCCUGGUGCUGUUCCCUGUGCUGCAGCACAUGCUUGGCAGUCCGCACUUCCGCUCAGCAGUGGUUUCGGGACAACUGGUGGCGGACUUAGCAAGCUGGUUGACCCUUACGGCAGGGCCAGCGGCUGGUGGAUCUAUUGGUGGCGGAGCGGGCAGUAGCCUUGCAGGGUCAUCCGGUUCAUCGGGAGCAGCACUGCUAACGGAUUUCAAAACGACGCUCAUGCACGUCCUGGAGGCGUUAUGUCAGCAAGGCGAGUUGGUGCUGCAGCACUACAGCGCCGUACUGAACACACUGCUCCCCGCGCUGUGUGGCGUCGUGAGCGCCGAGGCUGAGGGCGGUGACACGCGCUUCUUCUGCUUGCGCAUGGUCAGCGACGUGCUUCAGACACUGUUGCUGGACGAGGAGCUGUAUGGCAGUGUACAGCUGCGCGCGGAGGGCUCGAGCGGCGUUGCAGCAACUCAGAUUGACCGUGUGCUGCGUUCCCAUAUCCUGCCGCUCGUACCGCGGCUGUUGCGGGACGAGGACCCGAUGCCGUUGUAUGCGCUCAAGCUGCUCGGAGGCUUGUUGGAGAUCAAUCUGGCCUAUGUGGCGGAUGUGGAGGCGAUGGGUCUCGCGUCGCAAUUCUUCGAGUUCCUUUCCCUGGAGCACUCGAACAACAAUGUGCAUAACAUCCGGCUGUGUCGCCAGAUUAUUGCGGCGGGGUCCAUGCCUGCGUCGCAGCUGCUCGAGCUGCAGGUCGCGGAGAAGGUUGCUGCUGUUUUGGAGUACGCCUCUAACAACGCGGUGGAGCCGUUCUUGGAGCCCGUGUUAGAGCUGGUGAACACCAUCCUGCAGCGAGACGCGCUCGAGGUGUCCCAGGGCCGCUCGGACGGCUCGUUAGCCGCGGUGUUUUUGGAGCAAGCGGGAGUGCUGCUGGACAAUUGUGCGCACCCCGAUAUACCUGUGUGCAGCUCCGCCGCUAGCGCGACGACGAGCCUGGUGGCCCUGUUCCCGCAACAGUGCGCACCCUGGCUGCUGGCGCCCGAAAACGCUUCGGCCUUGGCGACGAUGUUGGCAGGGCAGCACCUGCAGCCUGGGGCGGGGCAUGCACAGGGUGUGGGGCCGCAGGUGGUGCCGCCGUCGCUGCAGCAGCCACUACUGGAGGCCGUGGCGACAGCGCUCGAGGUCGCCGGCGCCGCCACUCCGUCCUCCGAGCUGGCACAGCUGUAUGACGUCGUUCGGCAAGCCGCUGCAAGCUCUCAAGACCCUUCCGUACGGAGCAUAGCUGGGGAAGUGGCUGUGCGGCCAGAUGAAAUCGGUAGGUGUCUUCCGCUUGCAUACAACCAGACCACUCGUGAACGGUAUGAUGCUAUCGUGUGUGUUCUUGUUGUCGAUGCCCUUGCAGUCGCCUUCGUUGCUGUUGUCGGUCGCGAUAAGAAAUGGCGUACACAGAAGUGAUGAUGAUGAUAAUGAUGAUGGUGAUGAUGAUGAUGAUGAUGGUGGUGGCGUGAGCGUUACUUAAGGCGCGCCACGUAAAUCCACCCACACAUUCUCCAAGCUGAUGGGGGUUAUCAUUCACGACCGCAGCUCGCGAACAGAUUUUGCACAAGCUAAAAUGCCAACGCGCGCGACAAGGGGAGACAUUUUGAAAAAGAUGCUGCAUGAUUGCACCGUCAAAAGCGAUGUAAGCCGUCGCAGUAGGAAACUGAAGCUGCUCACUGCAUCCAGAACACGGCUCCGACAGCCGCAAUAGGCGAGCUGAGCC